AUGGGGCUACACUGGCUUUCUCUCUGUUCCCCAUGUGAGCCUGUCUGUCUCCCACCCGCGUGCCCUCCCAAGUCCCGGGCCUCUGCCCACUCCUCACAAGGUGCAGAUGCAGCCCCAGGGGUCUGGAUGAGAGGAGCUGGGCCGUGUCCCCCCACCCACGUGCAGAGCCAGGCUGUGCUGAGCCAGGCUAUACCCUCACCCAUGCCGCGCCCCCCGCCCACGUGGGCCACCAUCUCCCGUGGAGCCCUCCCCCGCCUGGGCUUGGCCGGUCUGCCCCUCCUUGCUGCCCCCAGGACGGCUGCCCACCCCGCCCCCCGAGGGCACCGACCCCCCAGGAGCCCGACUCCGGGCAGCCGCGGCGUCAGGACCCGCCUCUUCGGCACUAGCUUCCGAGGCCGCCAGGUGGCGCCUCAGCGAGCGCUUACAGCGGGGCGACCCCGGCCGCGUCACUCGGCCUGCCUCAGUUUCCCCGUCUGUAAAAGGCGGCCAACCCCAGCAGCCCCUCCCCGGGUUGUUGCGAGGGUCCGGUGGGAUAUGUGUAGCGCCCCCGCCGGCGUCAGAGCGCCCUACGAGCGCCGGCUGCGGCCGGUACGGGGGGCGGGGCAGCCCCGCAGGCAGGGCCCAAGCCCGACCCGGGCCGAGCCCCCGCCUGACACCGGGAAGCCCCUAGCCCUCUUUGCGCCGGAUCCGAAGGAGGCGCGGGCAAGACUGGGACCGCCCCGGGCCUGUGAACUCGGACGGUGGGGCAUGCUGGGAGUUGUAGUUCGGGAGCCUCCGGCGCGCAGGCGCAGUGCGCCUCCGGGCUGGGCGUUCUGGCCUUUGUCCGAGCGCGCGUGGGCGUGGGGGCGGGGGCGGGUGCAGGUGGGGCCCCUCGUGUACCGCUGCAGGACUGCGGAGGCGUGGGUCCCAGCUUUGCAGCAAGAAGGAAGUGAAGACGGACGGCUCUGCCCCUCUGCCCAGAGCUCCAGGCCCGAGGCAGGGAGGGAGCAGAUCCGGGAGCCUCGGACCAUCCUGGCUGAGGGUGCUGGCCAAGGAGCAGGGAGAAUGGACCACUUCUUCCUAAUGCUCGAGGGGAGAGGCCUGCCUUCCCAAGAGUUUGCCCUUUCCAAAGAAUGGAGGCUGGAGGAGGAGGAGGAGGAGGAGGAAGGCAUGACUUCGAGGCUCCUGGCAGCCAUGGCCCAGCACCCAGUGACGUUCCGGGACGUGGCUGUGCACUUCACCUGGGAGGAGUGGCGUCACCUGGACCCUGCCCAGAGGGCCCUGUACCGGGAGGUGAUGCUGGAGACCUUUGAGAACCUCGUCUCCCUGGGGCUCCCUGUUUCCAAGCCUCAGGUCAUCUGCCAGCUGGAGAGAGGAGAAACGCCGUGUCUGCCCGAGACAGAAGUGCCGCAUCCAGAUUCCCUCAAUUCAGGGACCAAGUAUGAAAUCAACGACUGGAUUCCAAAGCCUGGCCUUUUUAUGGGGGCAUCCUUCAAGGAAAGAGCAGCCACCAGGAACGGGCCCUGGCAUUCCAAGAUGGGAGCAGCUUGGGACCUUGAUGUCACGGGAGAGGGGCAGAAAGGCAACCGGGAGAUGCGUGCCAGGCCGAUAGCAGUCUCCUCCAGGAAACCUGUGAAUAAAGCGAGCAUCCCUGAACGCGGUGCCGCUGACAGGAGUUUCAGCCUGGAGUCCAUCUAUGUUCCGCAACAGAGAAUUUCUGCAGAGAAAAGUCUUCAUAAAUAUGAUACUCUUGUGAAGAGCUUCAAGCAGUUUUCUGACUUAAUUGAUUGUAACAGACUCUCCUUGGGAAAGAAGCUUUGUAAGUAUAAUAAAUCCAGGAAUCCUUUUAGUUACCACUCAGACCUUAUUCAGUUUCAUAGAAUAUAUAAUGGGGAAAAGAUAUAUGAAUGUAAUGAAUGUGGGAAAGCCUUUGGGAAAAAAGCGUACCUUACUCAGCAUCAGAGAAUUCAUACUGGGGAAAAACCCCAUAAAUGUAACGUAUGCGGGAAAGCCUUUAGUCAUAGGGAAAAUCUGACUCAUCAUAAGAGAAUUCAUACGGGAAAGAAACCCUAUCAGUGUAAUGAAUGUGGCAAAGCCUUCAGUCAGUGGGGAACUCUAACCGCACAUCAGAGAAUUCAUACUGGAGAGAAGCCCUAUAUAUGUAACGAAUGUGGAAAAGCCUUUUGCCAAAGAGGGACACUUAACGUUCAUAAAAGAAUUCACACUGGAGAGAAACACUUUGAAUGCAAAGAGUGUGGGAAAGCCUUUAGCAACAAUUCAUGCCUUAAUCUGCAUCAGAGAAUUCAUACUGGAGAAAAACCCUAUAAAUGUAAUGAAUGUGGGAAAGACUUCAGACAUAGGGCAUCUUUUAUUUAUCACAAGAGAAUUCAUACUGGUGAAAAGCCCUUUGAAUGUAAUGAAUGUGGGAGAGCUUUCAGCAAGAAAGGAAAUUUUAUUGAACAUCAGAGAAUUCAUACUGGAGAGAAACCCUUUAUAUGCAGUGAGUGUGGGAAAGGCUUCAUUAAUAACACGCGCCUUAAUCUGCAUCAGAGAUUUCAUACGGGAGAGCGUCUUACGAUGCGCUGUUUUGGGUGGAGCACAGGAAGAGCGUCUGACUUCACCAGACCGUAG